UCACUCUCCAAACGACGGUGGCCGCGCUGGGAGGAAAAGCUUUGAAGGCACGUUCGGCCCCUAGAGUGGGGAAGUGCUGGAGCGCGAGCCUGGGCGGGAGAGGCGGACGCUGCGCGUGCGCAGAGGUGUAGCGGGGGAAGGUGAGCUGAGGCUGGAGUUGGAGGCGCGGCGCUUGUGAGAAAGUGAGAACAAAACUGACUGAGGAGGAGCAAUAAUCGAAGAAAUAAUAGAAGGUUUACUAAGUUGAUGGAAAAAUCAGAAUUCUUACACUUGAAGGAUUCGUGAGAUACCAGAACCAUGUGUGCCCUGUACUGCAUCUCCUUCUCUGAUGUUGAAAAAGCUCAUACCAACAUUCAAGAUGUUAUCCACCUUACACCAGUCCUAACAAGCUCCACUUUGAAUCAAGUAACAGGGCGCAAUCUUUUCUUCAAAUGUGAACUCUUCCAGAAAACUGGAUCUUUUAAGAUUCGUGGUGCCCUUAAUGCAAUCAGAAGCUUGAUUCCUGCCACUUCAGAAGGGAAGCCCAAAGCUGUUGUUACUCACAGCAGUGGAAACCAUGGCCAGGCCCUCACCUAUGCUGCCAAAUUGGAAGGGAUUCCUGCUUAUAUUGUGGUGCCCCAAACAGCGCCCAACUGUAAAAAAUUGGCAAUACAAGCCUAUGGAGCCUCUAUAGUAUACAGUGAACACAGUGAUGAGUCCAGAGAAAAUGUUACAAAAAGAGUUAUGGAAGAAACAGAAGGCAUCAUGAUACAUCCCAACCAGGAGCCUGCAGUGAUAGCCGGGCAAGGGACAAUUGCCUUGGAAGUGCUAAACCAGGUUCCCUUGGUGGAUGCAGUGGUGGUACCCGUAGGCGGAGGAGGAAUGGUUGCUGGAAUAGCAAUUACAGUUAAGGCUCUGAGACCUAGUGUGAAAGUAUAUGCUGCCGAACCCUUGAAUGCAGACGACUGCUACCAGUCCAAAUUGAAAGGAGAACUGACCCCCAAUCCUUAUCCUCCAGAAACCAUAGCAGAUGGUGUCAAACCCAGCAUUGGCGUAAACACCUGGCCUAUUAUACGAGACCUUGUAGAUGAUGUCUUCACUGUCACAGAAGAUGAAAUUAAGUAUGCAACCCAGCUGGUGUGGGAGAGGAUGAAACUACUCAUUGAACCUACAGCUGGUGUUGGAGUGGCUGCUGUGCUGUCUCAGCAUUUUCAAACCAUUUCCCCAGAAGUAAAGAACAUCUGUAUUGUGCUCAGUGGUGGAAAUGUAGACUUAGCCUCCCUAACUUGGGUAAAGCAGGAUGAAAAGUCAGGUCCUUCUCAAUCUGAUUCUGUUUAAUUUAUGCAAAAAAUGGGUUUUUCAGUGUCUCUAGACACUUGGAA